AUGAAUAUGACAAAUUCCAAUGAAGUGGGAAACAAAGUAGCUUUAGAAGGCAUAUCUGGAGGUUAUGAUGAUGACGCUAGUGAAAUUGAGGAUGUAUCGAACAACAAAUCCAUGUAUAUCUACACUUUGAGUGGUCUCCAUCCUGAGAAAAAUGUGACAGGGAGAACGUCGACUUCUAGUAAAGCGGUGCAGUCCGUUUGCAGGCCAACGGAUUUCAAAGAGACGUGUGAAAAGAGCCUUGAAUCCUCCAACUCGAGCGAUCCCAAGGAGCUUAUAAGGACCGGGUUCCAGGCGACCAUAACGGAGAUAAAGAAGGUGUUGGCGGAUUCAAAGACGCUCCAAGAUUUGGAAAAGGACGAAGGGACCAAGGAUGCUCUAAGUGUUUGCAAGGAGGUUUUGGAUUACGCCAUUGACGACCUUGAAGCAUCCUUCAACAAGUUGGGUGAGUACGACAUCAGCAAGAUCGGUGAUAUCCUCUUGCGCAUCCAGGUGUGGCUGAGCGGUGCCCUUACCAGCCAACAAACUUGUAUAGACUCGUUCGCGGAGAAAAACGGCGAUGCCGCCGAGAAGAUGAAGAAUAUCUUGAAAACGUCGCAGGAGUUAAACAAGAACGCCCUUGGCUUGAUGGCUGGAAUAUCCUCCAUUGCUAAAGAACUCAAUAUCCCAAGCAUCGGUAACAUCACAACCUCGCUCCAACGUAGGCUUUUGUCGGAUGACGAUGGUGAUAUCACCACAUGGAUGAGCCGCAAAGAUCAGAUACUCCUCCAGGCGAAACCAGGUGAUAUUAAACCUAACGUGGUGGUUGCUAAAGACGGAAGUGGAAAAUACAAUAGCAUCGUCAAGGCCUUGGCUGAAGUCCCACCAAAGAAUACUCAACGAUUUGUUAUCUAUAUCAAGGUCGGAGUUUACAACGAGAAGGUUGAUAUCCCCAAGGGUGCGACCAACGUUAUGUUCAUCGGAGAUGGUCCGACCAAGACUAUUAUCACCAAUAACAUUAGCGUUGUAAGGAAUAAAAUCACAACUUUCCACACUGCAACUGUAGCUGUCAAUGCUAAGAAUUUCAUAGCUAAGGACAUCGGAUUUGAGAACACCGCCGGAUACGAGGGUGAACAAGCCGUUGCCCUGAGGGCUUCCGGCGAUCUAGGCGUCUUCUACAAUUGCCACUUCAAUGGGUACCAAGACACUUUGUACCCACAAAAGGAAAUGCAGUUCUUCCGUGACUGCGUCAUCACCGGUACCAUAGACUUCAUCUUCGGCGACUCUAGGGUAGUGUUCCAGAACUGCCAUAUGGUCGUGAGGAAACCAGGUCCCAAACAAAACUGCAUGGUGAUUGCACAGGGUAAACAAUUCAAUAAAUCAAGAGGUGGUUUCGUGCUCCACAACUGUACCAUCUCCGGCGAUAAGGACUACAUUCCGGUGAAGAACAUUAAUAAGGCGUACCUCAAUAGACCAUGGAAGCCACUUGCCACUGUCAUCAUAAUCCAGUCCAACAUCGCUGACAUCAUCACACCGGAAGGGUACAUUCCGAUGCAUCCCGGCAAGGGAGAGGCCACUUCAUACUUCGUGGAGUUCGGGAAUCGGGGACCUGGAUCUAAAACCGACGGCAGGGUGAAAUGGGCAGGAAUCAAGCAAGUAGAUUUGAACACGGCCAAGACAUUCACCCCUGGUCCCUUCCUCCAAUCCAAUACCUGGAUUCCAAAUACCGGAGUUCCCUGUACUCCUGACUGGAUCCCUGGCCUGUAAACUAGCAUAAGGCCAUUUUUAUUGUAAUAUCUUAUCAUUACAAUACAUUAUUAAACAGCUUUUCUCCUA